AUGUCGCAAACGGUUUCCAAAGAGCAGGUCGCUGCUCAUAAUAAGUCGGAUAGCUUGUGGAUCGUCAUUGACGAAGAUGUCUAUGAUGUGACCAAGUUUCAGGAUGAGCAUCCUGGUGGCAAGAAGAUUCUGCAACGUGUCGCUGGCAAGGACGCUUCCAAGCAGUUCUGGAAGUACCACAAUGAUGGCAUCUUGAAAAAGUACAAGAGCCAGCUCCAGAUUGGCUCUCUCGACACCAAGAAAGUCGAGGCGCCCCCGGCGCCUGCGCCUGCUCCCUCUGCACCUAGUCCUGCAAAGGGCAAAGCUGUUGCCAAACCCGCCAAGUCAGAGGGACCUCUGGAGCCCUACGGAGAUCUUAUUCCUUUCGCAGACCCGUCAUGGUAUCAAGGCCAACACUCGCCUUACUACAACGAAACACACGCCGCUCUUCGCGCCGAAGUCCGGGAAUGGGUAGAAUCUGAAAUCGAGCCCUACGUGACAGAAUGGGACGAAGGAAAGAAAGUGCCCGACAGCAUCUACAAACAAAUGGGAGAGCGUGGUUAUCUAGCCGGUCUUCUCGGUGUACACUUUCCCGCUGAAUACACACAGUCUCGCGUCAAGUCUGUCCCCGCAGAUGUGUGGGACCACUUCCACGAACUCAUCGUCACCGAUGAGCUUUCUCGCACCGGUAGCGGUGGUUUGGUCUGGAACUUGAUUGGUGGUUUCGGUAUUGGAUGCCCGCCACUCGUCAAAUUUGGCAAGAAGCCUUUGCUAGACAGAAUUCUGCCUGGUAUAUUGGCUGGUGAUAAGCGCAUUUGUCUCGCUAUUACUGAACCCGAUGCUGGUAGUGAUGUGGCCAAUCUGACUUGCGAAGCCAAGUUGAGUGAGGACGGAAAGCACUAUAUUGUGAACGGCGAGAAGAAGUGGAUUACGAACGGUAUUUGGUCGGAUUAUUUCACUGUUGCUGUUCGUACCGGUGCUGAGGGCAUGAACGGCGUUAGCGUUCUGCUUAUUGAGCGAGAGAAUGGUGGUGUCAGCACUCGUCGUAUGGACUGCCAAGGUGUUUGGAGCAGUGGUACCACUUAUAUCACUUUUGAAGACACCAAGGUUCCUGUUGAGAACUUGAUUGGAAAGGAGAACCAGGGAUUCAAAGUCAUUAUGACCAACUUCAACCACGAACGCAUCGGCAUCGUCAUCCAAUCCCUCCGCUUCUCUCGCGUCUGCUACGAAGAAUCCGUCAAAUACGCCAACAAGCGCCGCACUUUUGGCAAGAAACUAAUCGACCACCCCGUCAUCCGCAUGAAACUCGCCGACAUGGCCCGCCAGAUCGAAGCCGCCUACAACUGGCUCGAGAACGUCGUCUACCAAGCCCAGUCCAUGGAAGAAACCGAAGCCAUGCUCAAAAUGGGUGGCGCCAUUGCUGGUCUCAAGGCCCAGUCCACCAGAACCUUUGAAUUCUGUGCUCGUGAAGCGAGUCAGAUCUUUGGUGGUCUGAGUUAUAGCCGUGGCGGCCAAGGUGGAAAGAUUGAGCGAUUGUAUCGUGAUGUGCGCGCUUAUGCUAUUCCCGGUGGUAGUGAGGAGAUUAUGCUAGAUCUUAGUAUGCGUCAGAGUUUGAGGGUUUACCAGAUGUUUGGCAUGAAGCUAUAA